UGGACAGGAGGAGAAACCAUGUCUGGGCAGUUGCCGGUAGGAUUUCUUCUGGGUCCGCCUGCUCAAGAGUUGCAGAGAGUGAUUUCAGAUGUAAUCCUUAAAGCACAUCAUUUCAAAUACUAUCUAGAGCAGCUCCAAUCUACUCUAGAAACCAUUACUCCUCUAAUCAAAGAAAUAGAUCGUUUGAGUGCUGAAUUGACAGACCACCAGAGACAAGAUAUAGUAAGACUGAAGGCUGAGUUAGUGAAGGGCCAAAAGCUUGUAAAGAAGUGUUCUUUUGUUCCAUCUUGGAACUGCUUCAAGAGGUGUAGGCGUUCGAAAAAAAUCCUGAAAUUGGAUAAAACUUUGCUGCAGUUCUUUCAGAUUGAUGUUCCUGUUGAUAACUGGCUCCAUAAUAAACAGAUUCUGCUUGAUCUGAAAGAUAUGAUCACCAAAUUUGAUACGUUGAGUUUGAGAUCGGAGAGUUCGAGAUCAGAUAACUCCGGUCCUCAGAUCAGGGACAAGGUUUUUGGAUUGGACGUGCCUCUAAUGGAAUUGAAGAUGCAAUUGUUUAGAGAGGAUGUUAUGGUUCUAGGGCUAUGUGCUCCUGGUGGUUGUGGGAAAACAACGUUGGCUACCAUGCUCUGCCGAGACAGUGAUGUGAGAGGUAUGAAAUAA